GCUUGGUCCACCAGUGCAAAGAAGCCCAACUUUCCAGAAUUUUAUUUACGCGAAGAGCGAGAACUCAGAAGACCGACACAUCUGCUGACGGCUCUGCCUCUCCGCCGUAGGGGACCAUGGUUAUGCUGAAGAUCUCUGCUUUCCUUGUUACCUGUGCUGUGCUCAUUUGUCAGCUGUACAGCUCACAAGCUGCACCAGCCAGACCGGCUCUCGAGCCAAUGACGGAUCGAGUCACGCUGACGGACUACGAAGCCCGGAGGUUGCUAAACGCCAUUGUCAAAGAAUUUAUCCAAAUGACAGCCGAGGAGCUGGAGCAACAGGUCAACGACGGGAAUAGCCUGGGCAGACCCAUGUCCAAGCGCUGCUCCAAUCUGAGCACGUGUGUGCUGGGCAAGCUGUCGCAGGAGCUGCACAAGUUGCAGACGUACCCCCGCACCAACGUGGGAGCAGGCACGCCGGGCAGGAAGCGCAGCGUGCCGGAGGCCGACCGCUAUUCUAGUUUCGGGGAGCUGCUCAGUGGGAACUAAGCAGUGACCCCCCCCCCCCCCCCAUCCCCAUACGCCCCUCCCUUCCCUGGCCGCAUCUCCUGCUUUUACCUGUUCUGUUAUGAUUUGACAUCCUCGCUGCAUGUGGACCUGAACUGCUUGACCGUCCUUAGAGAAACCAUGACCGCAUCCCUUCCCGUCUCAGCUGGUUGGUUGUGACCCUUCAUUUCCGGCAGAGAACGAAAACUCUCUCAUAAAGACAAUCAAAACAACGGCUAUUCUAUACAGCAAAUGAAGUUUCUUUCAAAUGCACUUUAUUUUAAAAUAAUAGAUGAGAAUUCCAUUUUUAAGCAACGAAACAAUGAUUCGGUGGCGAGAAAGUGAUCCCACAAUUAUCUACAUUUCCUA